GUUUACUUCUGAGAGCAAUGUGAUCAAGAGAAGCUGGAUUGUAAUUCGCUUAUAAAUUGGUUGUUUUUAAUUGUUUCAGGGUGCUAGAAUUUUGUGGUUCUUUUUUGAUUUGACGGUUACAAUGUCAAUGAAACGCAAAACGGAAUUUCUUCCAGCAGAAGAAAGUGAUCAAUUGUUAAUCAGACCCCUUGGAGCCGGGCAAGAAGUGGGAAGAUCAUGCAUAAUUCUGGAAUUCAAAGGAAGAAAAAUAAUGCUGGAUUGUGGAAUCCAUCCAGGCCUGGAAGGGAUGGAUGCCCUUCCUUAUAUCGACUUGAUAGAUCCCGGCGAGAUUGACCUUCUCCUUAUAAGUCAUUUCCACUUGGAUCACUGUGGUGCAUUGCCAUGGUUCUUGCAGAAGACCAGCUUCAAAGGUCGAACCUUCAUGACUCAUGCUUCAAAAGCCAUUUACCGAUGGCUUCUGUCGGAUUAUGUAAAAGUCAGCAAUAUUUCAGCAGAUGAUAUGCUCUACACAGAAACUGACCUUGAGGAAAGCAUGGACAAAAUUGAAACAAUUAAUUUUCAUGAAGUAAAGGACGUCGCUGGCAUUAAAUUCUGGUGUUAUCAUGCUGGCCAUGUUCUGGGGGCAGCAAUGUUCAUGAUUGAAAUUGCUGGCGUCAAGCUUCUCUAUACUGGUGAUUUCUCACGACAGGAAGAUCGACAUUUAAUGGCAGCUGAGAUUCCAAAUGUUAAGCCUGACAUUCUCAUAAUUGAAUCCACAUACGGCACUCAUAUUCAUGAAAAACGUGAAGAGCGGGAAGCUCGAUUCUGUAAUACUGUGCAUGACAUUGUCAACAGGGGUGGCAGGUGUCUUAUUCCUGUGUUUGCUUUGGGCAGAGCACAGGAGCUUCUGCUCAUUUUAGAUGAGUACUGGCAGAAUCACCCAGAGCUACAUGAUAUACCAAUAUACUAUGCAUCAUCGCUGGCUAAGAAGUGCAUGGCUGUGUACCAGACAUACGUAAAUGCAAUGAAUGACAAAAUUCGCAAACAGAUCAACAUCAACAACCCAUUUGUUUUCAAACAUAUCAGCAAUCUAAAGAGUAUGGACCAUUUUGAUGACAUUGGUUCCAGCGUGGUUAUGGCAUCUCCAGGUAUGAUGCAGAGUGGCUUAUCCAGAGAACUGUUUGAGAGUUGGUGCACAGACAAAAGGAAUGGCGUUAUCAUAGCAGGAUACUGUGUGGAAGGAACACUUGCUAAGCACAUCAUGUCUGAACCCGAAGAAGUUACUACCAUGUCUGGACAGAAGUUGCCCCUGAAAAUGUCUGUUGAUUACAUCUCCUUCUCUGCACACACUGAUUAUCAACAGACAAGCGAGUUCAUCCGGGCCUUGAAGCCUCCACACGUGAUAUUAGUCCAUGGUGAGCAGAAUGAAAUGGCCAGACUGAAGGGAGCGCUAAUACGAGAAUAUGAAGACAAUGAUGAAGUUGACAUAGAGGUGCACAAUCCCAGAAAUACUGAAGCUGUAGUCCUGAACUUCAGAGGAGAAAAACUGGCAAAGGUUAUGGGAUCUCUUGCAGAUAAAAAGCCUCAACAAGGGGAGAGAAUUUCAGGAAUACUUGUAAAAAGAAACUUCAACUACCACAUACUUACACCAUCUGACCUGUCUAAUUACACUGACUUGGCGAUGAGCACAGUGACUCAGUCUCUGGCAAUUCCAUACACUGGUCCAUUUAAUUUGCUUUGUUAUCGACUUCAGAGUCUGACAGGUGAUGUGCAGGAAAUAGAAGUUCAAGACAGACCAGCUCUGAAGGUAAUGAAACAGAUCACAAUCGUGCUGGAGCCUGGAAUGGUGGUAUUAGAGUGGUUGGCCAAUCCUUUAAAUGAUAUGUUUGCAGAUACUGUGACAACUGUGAUCAUGGAAAUACAGUCAAACCCCAGAGCGCAAAAAGCAUUGCGCAAGCCUUCAUCAAAAAUAGAUGAAGACAUGUACAGGAAGAAGUUGGAGAUAAUGCUGCAGGACAUGUUUGGAGAGGAAAAUUUAACUGUGAAAAAUGACACCAUCAGUGUUUCAGUAGAAGGAAAGGCUGCAACUGUUGCAUUGGAUACACGGACUGUUCGUUGUGAGGAAGGCACUGCAGAAGAUGAGCCACUCAAAGAAAUGGUUGAAAUGGCAGUACAAAGACUUUAUGAAGCACUCAAUCCAGCACUCUGAUUCCUUGCAUCUUGAAGCCACUCUUAAAAAAAAAAAAGAUCUAUAUUUUGCCUCUUUGUAGUUACAGCCUCCCUUUUUAAAUACAUCUAUUAAAAUAGUCUUGUUCAUGGAACAUUACAUGCAAGACUGAGUAAUGAAACAUUUAUUAAAAUCCACAUGCAUCUGAUUCUUGUCAACGACAGGUAUCUGAAAAACAAACAAAAGAGAACAAUUGUGUUAGGAUGGGAUGGUGCUUAUUGACUGUUAGUACUGCUAAACACUGUUGCAUGUUGUGAGCACUAUAGACGUUAUAGGUCUACCAGUGGCAGCAUUGACAGUUUAUUUGAAAAAAAAACAGAAUGAGAGAGCACAUAUGAUCACAUCUUGGCUGUAUGCCAUCAGAAGGUCAGAAGCCCAGCUUUCAUUUCAUUUUUGUCAUUCCAUGUGUUUCUUGGAGUAUGUGCUGUAAGCUGCUGGACCAGUGCCACUGCAGUGUGCAGUUAUUGUUACAUAUUUGCAUUAUUUAUAUUCUUCAGAACAUUUUAUUGAGAGGGUCAUCAAGGUACAUUGUGUAGUUUUAUCACAUUUUGUAUUAAUUUGUAUGUGAAGAAUAAAACUGAUUCAUGCCACAAAAUUUGUAACAUUAGGCUAAAAAUUAAUUUUAUUUUCUAAUAAGAUAUAAAAAAAGUCUUAAAAUAAAAAUUGUUUCUGAACACAGCAUAAUAUGGUAGCAUUUUAUGGCAUAUGGUUAGAAAAGUUGCAUGAUGACACCUUAUUACCAUACAAGACUGAAUGGAAUUGCAUUAAACCUGCUGAAACCUGCUUCUGACUGAUCAUAGUUGCUGAACUGCAGUGGCUUGUGCUGCUGGUGUGAAGAUAAUGUGAUGUUAAGGGUAACCAUUUCUAAUUCCAAGACAUGCAAGUACGAGUCCCAGAAUAGAGAAACUGAAUGUGCAGAAAUGAGGAUUUGAUAUAUAUUUAAGUCUGGGAUCAUUGCCCUUUUCUCAGUGGCAGGGCAAUCGUUGAGGUAUUGUAUAUUAGUAGCAGGGGGUAAGGGUGUAGGGAGCAUGCCUUCCUGCAAAAACAAAAUAAACUUUUAAAAGAAACCUGGACCUAUGAUUAUCAGCAUUUGCUGUUCUCCUUUAUUGCUGUAAUUUAUUUAGUAAUUCUGGAAUUCCCAGUUAUGAUUCUUGGAAUUACAGUGGGAAACCAGAUGCUGGAAGUUGCAUUAAAAGCCAUGACUGAGGUCACCAGUGCUUUGCACUGAUCUUUAAUUGUGAACUUGCAGUGGGUGGAUGUUACAUAUCCUGUUGUCCACAUUUGGAUCAGAGCAUUUGUUUCUGCUGUCUACUAUUAGGAUGUCAGAACUUCCACAAUUAAUAUUAGCUCCAUUAGGUAAGGCAAGUAAAGUAUAUGUAUUCAUUUUUUAUCCCUGCUGUUAGUACAAAUGUACCUUUGCUGUGUCAUGUCAACACAUGGUAGAAUGGAAGUAAUGAAAAAGAAUUAAAGAAAGCCAAGCUUCAGGGAGCCAAAUUAACAAUAUUCACAUAUUUUUUCCAAUUAUAGUUUUCAUGUAAAAUAUGUUAUAAAAACAUAAAUUGUGAUACACUA